AUGGCCGACCGCACACCUGCACCCCGAAAGCGCGCCACUCCCAAGUCUACCGGCGCUGAAGACGCACAAGGUCGGCUUCUAGUCAGCAUGUUGUUCCAAGUCUCUCUAUGUCACGAAGAGGAUAGUUUCACAAAGUACAACGAGUUCAUGGACGCGGUGAAGGAGGCUGACGGCGCUGAGGUCUUCUACAAGGUCGAUGCUGGCUACCCAGAUCCGUUGAAGGAGCUUGUCGACUUUGACACCUCUGUCGACUUUGGAGAGUACAAGGAAUACAAGAAGACUGCGGAGCCGACCGUACCGGCGCUUGAGUAG